UGCAAUCAAAUAUUGGAAGUACGUUUCCGGCUAGAACCAAGUCCUUUCACACAGUAUGAACUCACGGCCAAGAUUCGCAACAACACGUGAAUUGCUGAAACAGACCCAAACUCCAGAUCCGAUUGAAUAAAAACAACUUAUUGUAAUUCUUAAAUUACGAAAUGAAUGGCAACAACUAUAACGAUGUUUACUAACUAAGUUUAGAAAUUUGAAGGAGAGCUUGAACGCAAUGGCGCCAUUGUUGAAGGCGGUAAACAAGAUGUAAACAGAAAAUGGCCUCAUACGAAACCGGAUAUGACGAUGAGCGAUUCCAACAUCCAGUUGGUCAGAGCUUUCACUGUGGUAUUUGUUACAAUGUCAUCAAAGACCCGGUCAUGUGUCGACAUAAUGAACAUUUGUUCUGUAGAGGUUGCAUCACCAGACAUCUCAUGAACUCUCAGACAUGUCCCACAUGUAUUGAGCCACUUACUGUUGACACCCUGACUCGAGCAUCGCGGACCGUAACCAAUUUACUGUCGGAAUUAAAGAUUCACUGUGAAUUCUUCAAUCGUGGUUGUGAAAGAUUUGUGGAGUUAGGAGAGCUUGAAAGGCAUGUUGUGGACUGUGGGUUUGCCCCAGCAGUCUGCUCGAAUGAAGGCUGUGGUCAGGAAGUCGAUAAGCAAGAUUUAUUGCAUCAUGAAACGGCCGUGUGUGAAUUUCGCCGUGUGAAAUGUCACAGUUGCAAUGAAAUCAGCCAAGAGAUGGAUAUAGUUAAGAAAAACUUGGCUGUGAUGAACCUCAAGUUGAAUGAAGUCAGUGAAACCUUGAAACAAAAUGAGAAGAAGUUGGAUAGAAAUGAGAAAAGUGUGCUGGUGAACGUUGAGAUGGUUCAAAAACAACUCAACAAGCAGGAAGAAAGCAAUCUUCGGCUAGAAGCGGACAAUGUAGAAAUGAAGAAAUGUUUAGAGAAAGUGGCACAACAAAUGGAAAGAUUGACCCAGCAGCGGGAAGAUCUAAAGAAAAGUAUCGCAGAAGCUGUUGAACCUGAAAGAGAGCCGAGAAUUAUCGUUGCUGGGGGAUAUAAUGCUGGGAGUUUAAAUUCUGUGGAAAUGUUCAGCCUCUCAAAUGGAAAGUGGUUACCACUACACCCAAUGAAACAAAGCCGUCAUUUUGCAUCCUCUGUCGUUUACAACAAUCAAAUGCUUGUUAUUGGAGGUUUUACCAAUGGUAGGGCAGUAAAGUCGACGGAGAAAUUAACGUUGAAAGAUGUCCAUGUAAACCAGUCCAUAUUUUGGGAAGACGAUCCUGAAGUGUUACGUGGGCCCUUGUAUGGACACUCCAGUGUUAUGUAUAAUGGGCGGUUGAUAGUCAUUGGAGGUUAUGAUGGAACUGCAUUUACACCUGCUAACAUUGCUGAGAUAUCUCUUGUUCCUCCUUAUUCCAGUAAAGUAUUGGCUACCCUGUCAGAAAGUAGAUGGCUACAUGGGGCUGUCUUGUUUGGUAACACGAUCGCAAUUCUUGGGGGGAAAAAAGGUUGGGAUAGUUCGUCGAAUCUGAAAUCCGUUCUGUUGUAUGAUAUUGUCAAGAAUGAAUGUCGUCAUUUAGCGCCAUUGCUUUAUUCUAUGAAUCGAAUGGCCACUGUCAAGUGGGGUGAUGACAAAGUGAUUUUAAUCGGAGGCAGUAACUAUAGCGGUAAGUUAUUGAGCAAAGUACUUGUGUAUAACAUCAAGACUCAGAAGAGCCACAUGUUACCAGACAUGAAGUAUAAGAGGAGAGGAUGUGCUGCCGCAGUCGUUGGUGACACUGUGGUUGUUAUGGGGGGACAAGAUGAAAGAGGAAACUCUUUAAAGUCUGUCGAAAGUUUCAGGUUCGAUUCAUGCACCUGGGAAGAACUUCCCGAUAUGCAAGAAGCAAGAGACGGAGCUGCAACAGUUGUAUGUUAAUUAAUUAUG